CUAGAAUUUGUUACGAACAGAGUGGACUAAGUUUUGUAGACUUUACCAAAAUUCAAAGUAGGCGUUUCCUAUUGGAAAAUGCAAAUACAUCCAUAGAAUGCGCCAAUAGGAUCUUGCUAGCUAGUGCUUGGCUCUGCCCAACCCCAAGGUUGUCCUGCCCACUAUGAUUAAUUUGCUGCGAUUGGAAACGACACUGUGUGGUCUAUCUUGUUUGUUUAUAAAAAAUCUUUGCUGCAAUGGCUGCCGCGGAGUCGCAACCACGGUUUGGUCAAUCUGUCAAAGGAUUAUUGUCCGAUAAAGUGGGCUCCUGCAGCGGGGAUGUGAUCGCCCUGACUCGCCAGGUGCUAAAGGGAUCACGGAGUCAAGAGCUCCUGGGACAGGCUGCCAGAAACAUGGUCAUUCAGGAGGACGCCAUUCUGCACUCAGAGGAUAGUUUGAGAAAAAUGUCCAUCAUCACCACCCAUUUGCAAUAUCAACAAGAGGCCAUCCAGAAGAAUGUGGAACACUCCAAAAACCUCCAGGAUCAACUGAGGCAUUUACUGAAGUGAAGUGUCUGCACUGAGACACUUAAAUGAAAGACUAUGAGCUGUUCCUGUCUGUGUUACCAUGUUGCUUCUUGGGAGAAAAUAUGUGCAGACCCCCCCCCCCUGUUGCAACCUUGGUGAAAUCCCAAUUCCUCAUUGAAACUAGUGGAGAACCCCCCCCCCCCCCACUAUGAUCUCAAACUGUGUUUUUAAUACACAAUGAAAUUAAAUACAGACUACUUGCUAAUCAGAAAACUCUCAGGUAUGUUGUGGUGGACUGUCAUUACAAUUGUUUCACAGGAACCUAACCAGCUGAGCUAGCAAACCAGCUGAGCUAACAAUGUAACAAAUGUAUAAAAUAAUCCAACAGGCUCCACAUUACAAGAAUCACAGUACCCCCUGGGGCACUGUUCAUUUAUUUAGCCAUUUAAUCUGUUUUUUUAAGAAAAAUCUAAUUCUCCCACUGCUUUCAUGUGUUUGAAACGAGAGCUUGAAUGAGGUGUCCUACUCCACAGCAGUUGCUUUCCAUUGGAGCACUGAGAUUGGUUGUCCAAAACUCUGGGGCGGUGCUUGGCGAAGGGUAAAUUCUAUCAGAAUGUCCUCUAACGUUGCACCUUCCUGAUGUAGCCCCUGGCCUUUUGGACUGGAUGCUGCCUGGAAGUCUCCCCAGGUACAUGCUGUUCUUAAAAAUAUGCAUAUGGUGCUCUUAUCCUGCAUAUUAGUGACUAUUAUUUAUUAAAGUCCUACUCCAGUCUCCAUUUUAGCUCAUUUAUCACCUGAUUUACUUAACAAAAGGCACAUCUCAAUUGGUGGCCUUUCCUCUUUUGGUCUUUAUUCUUGCAACCAAGGGGGAGGCCAAUGACAUCAGAAGGCACCAUCAGACCAAUGACCUACUCCAUUGGAGAUUCUUGUUUGGGCAAAAUACCGUCCUCCCCUCUGUGACCCGGAAACCAAUAAGUGGUUGAGGAGUGUGUCAUUUCAUUAGUAGGCAAACAGAAUAGUGUUCUCCCCCGCCUACCUUUCAUUGAGGAUACGUGUCUCCUACAACAGAAGAGUUUCGAAAAUCUGCCACACCUUUGAAUCAGCUUUUGAUUUGGCAGAGGAGAAAGAUGCACAUGCAAAAGUAUAUCUAUAUGCUACUCAUUGUUUUAUGUAUAAAAUGUCUUGCACAACUGAA